CGGGCCGGGCCGGGCCGGGCCGGGCCGGGCCGGGCGGUGGAACAGCGCGGCCCCGCUGAACCCGCCGCGGGGCCUGCGGGAGCAGCAUGGCCGCCAGCCUGUGGAUGGGGGACACUGUUGAGCCUGGUUCAUGCAUGCCUGCUGGUUUUGAGUGGCAUCGACCCUCUUAAAUGAAUCUUCUUUUUGAAGUCUGGAGCCCUAUAUGGAUGAAAACUUUGUUUCAAGAGCCUUUGCCACCAUGGGAGAGCUUGUACUGAGUGUAAAAAUCAUUCGAAACAGGUUGACAGGAAUUCCAGCAGGCUAUUGCUUUGUAGAAUUUGCAGAUCUAGCUACUGCAGAGAAAUGUUUGCACAAAAUCAAUGGAAAACCACUUCCUGGUGCUACACCGGCGAAGCGAUUUAAAUUGAAUUAUGCAACAUAUGGAAAACAGCCUGAUAACAGUCCAGAAUAUUCCCUUUUUGUGGGAGACCUGACUCCUGAUGUGGAUGAUGGGAUGUUAUAUGAAUUUUUUGUUAAAGUUUAUCCAUCGUGUAGAGGUGGAAAAGUUGUUUUGGACCAGGCAGGAGUAUCCAAAGGUUACGGGUUCGUGAAAUUCACAGAUGAAUUGGAACAGAAGAGAGCACUGACAGAGUGUCAGGGAGCUGUGGGGUUGGGCUCUAAACCUGUACGCUUGAGUGUGGCUAUACCAAAAGCUAAUCGUAUGAAACCAAUGGAGUACAAUCAGAUGUACAACUAUAAUUACAACCAGUAUUACCAACAGUAUCACAACUACUACGCUCAUUGGGGGUACGACCAGAACACGGGCAGUUACAGCUACAGCUACCCCCAGUAUGGCUACACGCAGAACACCAUGCAGACAUAUGAAGACGUUGGUGAGGAUGCAUUGGAAGAUCCCACACCUCAGUUAGAUGUCCAUGAAGCAAACAAGCAGUUUAUGGAACAGAGUGAAGAGCUCUACGAUGCCUUGAUGGACUGUCAUUGGCAGCCUUUGGACACGGUCUCAUCAGAGAUCCCAGCCGUGUUGUAGCCUCAUUGCUGAGGCAUUGUGUCUGUGAGACAUCCUCCCAGUGUGCACCAGACUGUUAUGCUGCCCCUGGAUCCUACAGUUGUGAGGGGUGGCCCUUUUCCCACCCAGGUCAGGUACUUGGAGUACAGGAGGACUGUGGUCUUUCCUGUAGAGAACAAGUAUUGUAGGAGCAUCAUGGUAACCUUUAUUCAUGGUGAAAAUUAGAACUGCAACAGUUUUGUUCCUUUUGUCUUGAAAUGAACUCUUCAUACUUACUGAGAAGUGUAAUUCAUAAACUUCCAACAAAAUGGCACAGGAGAAAGACUCUACUCCAUCGUACAAUAAAUUACCCUUUGCAUUUUGGUUCGUGCCCAUCUUUCUGCUUUGCUGCCCAUUCAGCUGUCUUAAGUCAUUUGACCCAAUGCUCAUGAAUGUGUUAUUUCAAAAAAGAUCAUUGUUGGACACCACUAAAAUGUCUCAAAAUCUUUCCAGUGACUGGGUAUGGUUGCUGUAACUUAAGCAUGGGAUGAAAGCUUAUGUUGUGGUUAACUUAAGCUGUGAUCUUGAGCUUGCAAGUUUGAUGUUCUUAAGCAAACAACCCAAAGAGCACUUUGGAGAGCAAAGACAGAAAGGAGUGUUAUAAAGCUUUUACCUUUGAUGUCUUGCACACCUGGCCUGCUUCUCUACCUAUGUAUGAGGAAAUAAUUCCCCAUGAACCAGCAGUGUGUAACACUUUUUCCAGCAACCAUAUUUAAAUGUUAAUUUGUGUAUCAUGCCUUUAUUUUUUUUUAUUGUGGACACACCUUGAUGGUCUCUUUGAGAUGCUGAGAUUUUGUAGUGUCUUCCACUACUGGACUAGUGUCCAGUCAGAGUGAAACUGAGGAUCUGGCAGCAAAAAUGGGUCAGACCAAUUUCAUUGAUAUGUUGUGCAACAAAUGGUUGUUAACCUGGAAAGCAGUUUUCUACUGGAUGCUGUAUAAGCUGGAUGGACAAGCAAUAUAUUUAAGCUGAUAUGUUGCAUUAGAGGGGAAAGUGAAAAUACUAGCACUUAUAUACAUGUUAUAAGCCCUUUUUCAGGCUUUUGUGCCUUAAACUCUUGGAGAAAUAGCGACAGAGAAACUACUUGUAAUAAAAGUCUAUCUAAGGAAUAGUUUGGUAACUGAAAUUGCUACUGCAGAGCAUUUCGUUGCCUCCCUGCCCAUGUUGAUGCAGAGAUUUGCCACAGAAUUUAAAUACUUUGAUAAAGCUACUUCUACUACAC